GGGGAGGAAGCUGGCGCCCGACCGGCCGCGGAGACUUCGCAGACGGAAGGGUAUAAUCCGAAGACCUGUGCCCGCGCGCUGGCAGUGCGGUCAGUUGGCGCCGAGCAGGUAGCUGGAAAAGGUGCACUUUUGCACCGUCGAUACUACAAUGAAGUCGGUUUGGGCGCUUCGCUUUUUGCUGCUUUGUCUCACGCAGUCUGUCGUUUGCGGAUACAUCACAUAUGUCACAAGUUCAGAGUAUAA